AUAAUUGUAAUUGUAAUACAGUACAGCACGAUCUUGUAAUAUUACAAACCUCCAAUUAAUAUCCUGAAACCACGAGACUCACUUCGGGCAGAUUUUCCUAAAAUCACUGCAACUGCAAUGGUCUUCAACACAAUUUUAUUCCCACCUCAAAGAAGCAUUGCACUCGAGAGGUACUGACAGGAAAUGACAUCAUCAUCGGAAAAGGCCAAACAAAAAAAAAAUCCUUGAACAAAGAAUGCAGAGCUGAUGCCUGUGUCCCCGCCCCUCCGCUCGUUUAUUGGCAUUGCUGGACGGCGAGUCGAAAACGUUGCAGUCCUGAUUGGCUACUGCUGAUGUCACUCGAGCCACUCUAGAGUUUCCGUCGGGACCGAUACACAGAGGGGACUCUGUGCGAGCUUCUUUUUUUCGGAUUCGGAUGGCUACAGAUUAAAGUCGGAGCGGUCAGCAAUCCAGGAUGAAUGUAAAUGUGGAAGACCUGACGAAGCCGCAGCUGCUGAUGCUGUUUAGUGUCCUCGAGGGAGAGCUGGAGGCACGAGAUCUUGUCAUCGAAGCUCUGCGGGCCCAGCAGAGAGAGAAGUUCAUCCAGGAACGCUAUGCCAAGUAUAACCUCAGUGACCCCUUCAUGGCUCUUCAGCGAGACUAUGAAGCUCUGAAGGAGGAGCGUGAUGCCACUGCCACCAACUGUCCUAGCCCUCUUUCGGUGCUUAAAGUUGUUAUGUCACAUUGUAAGAAGAUGCAUGAAAAAAUGGUCGCCCAACUGGCAGCUGCUGAAAGUCGCCACAGAAAGGUAAUAAUGGAUCUGGAAGAGGAAAAGAGGCGUCACGCCCAGGAUACCGCCGAUGGAGAUGACGUCACCUACAUGCUGGAGAAGGAGCGGGAGCGGCUUGCUCAGCAGCUGGAUUUUGAAAAGUCCCAAAUUAAGAAGCUUGAGAAAGACCAGAAGAAGCUGUCUGGGCAGCUAGAAGAGGAGCGUGCUCACCACAAGCAGCUGUCGUCCACCCUGGUCAAAGAGUGCAAAAAAGCCACAGCCAAGGCAGCUGAGGAAAGCCAGAGAACGGCUGACUUGAGUGCUAAGCUGGAGCUGGAAAAGAGCGUGGUGCAGAGACUACAGGCUGAACUUGAAGCGGAAAGGAAACGCUGUCUUCAGAUGGAGGCCCAGGCUGAGAAGCAACUGUCCGAGUUCGAUACGGUGUUGGAGCAGCUUCGGGCGAGACUGAAACGGGAGGAGAUCCGUGCCAGGGGCUUGGAAGAAGAGGUGGAACGCUUAAAGAAAUCCAUUGUGUGCCCCCCAGGGGAGGUAAAACCACUUGGCCAGUAUUGUUCCAUGGCUGCAGCCUCCAUGGAGUCCACAGCCUCCCAGACCAAAAGCUCCAUCAUGGAGUCUGAGAAAUCCAGCAAGCUGUGCAUAACCGUAACACAGCAAGCAAAGGUCAAUGGCCACUGUGCCAGCCAGCCACCCAGGUUGAAUGACAGCAGCACGCUGUGCAAUGAAGCAGCACAACACGAGAAUGGGUUUGAUUUGGGCCUCCAUUCACCAAGCCACCCGGCUGCCAGUGUGUCGCCGAGCAGCACCGCUUCCUCCUCACUGACUUCUUCACCGUGUUCCUCUCCGGUGUUGGCCAAGCGUCUGGUUGGGGUUUCAGCUAGCAGUCCAGGCUAUCAGUCCUCCUAUCAAGCUGGUAUCAAUCAGCGUUUCCAUGCUGCACGCCACAAGUUUCAAGCACAAGCAGAGCAAGAGCAGCAGGCCAAUAGUGCCCCCCACUCUCCAAGGGAUCUGUCCCCGACCACAGUGGAUGGCUGUGCCACUGCUUCUGUCGCCAAACAAAUGGCACGCAACACAGUCACCCAAGUACUGUCUCGUUUCACCAAACCUACCUCCACCAACAGCUCGCCUUUUGGCACGGAUUACAGAGCUCUGGCAGCUGUGACCUCCCCUACAGCAAGCCGAACAUCUGGCCCUCUGUCACCGGGGAUCAAAUCGCCCACCAUCCCUAGGGCGGAAAGAGGCAUUCCUCCCCCUAUCCCUCCCAAGAAACCAGGCCUCACACAGUCCCCAGUGUCUCCAAGCUCACCAAGCAAGUCUACCCAAAUGGCCCCUGUGCUGGUCCCUGGCGGGGAUCUUCCCGGUGGCUGUGGCCUUAGAGCAAGCCCAGUGGAACUGAACAAAGACCUUGACAUGGUGAUGCCAACAGGCAGCUGAGCACAGUGCUACUCGAGGGUCCCAUGGGCCCGUUUUCAGGAAACACUAUCCUAGUAUUUAUUCUACUUCUACUCCUGUCACUUUCUUCUAAACUCUUGUUUUAUAUCUCAUUUCAUAUUGAAAAUGGGCUCGAUGUAUAUACGGAAGUAGAACUUUAGUUCCUUUUUUUUGCCUAAGGGAUUUUCAGCACUCUCAUUGGUGGAAUUCAAGUCCUGAAUUGCGGCAUUCCCUUCAGGUUUUCCUGAUCAUUUUGAAACAAGUGCCUUCCCUCUGGAGAAAUGUCUGGAAGGGAAGUUAGGGUUCAAAUGGCAGAGGUCAUGCCUCCAGCUAGCAUUUUGGACCAAUCGGUAGCCAGGGUAGCGGUGUUCGCAUACGUAAGAAUGAUCGGGCAGUGUGACGGCAAGAUAACUUCCAUUGCCAACUCUACGGUUGUUUCAUCAAGACAUUCCAGGUCAGCUGCUGAACGUGGCCCACUUUGAGGCUCGAAGGUGCAUGAGCUACAGGAGAUGCGUUAUCCCACUUACCGUACUGGCCAUAAUAACUUCCUUGGCAUUAACCCCGAGCAUCUCUCAGGCUUGGAAUUCUGUAUAAAAAUGGUUAACCCCGAGUACCUGUACAGCGGUAAGCCCAAAUAACGUGCAAGACAGUAUUGUUCUGCUAUCUUGUGGAUGAAAUAACAUCAUGCUGCAAAAAAGUACUUUUUAUAUGCAUAUUUUAACUCAUCAAUAUUCAUGAGUGGGGCGGAACCUUCAACCAAAAAAAUACAAUACUGCUUAAAGCCAGUUUUAGAACAAACUGAAACUGAACCAUUAAUUAAAUCGAGCAAUAGUGAUGACAGUGUGAAUUGUUCAUCUGAUAUUGGCACGGAUAAUGAAACUGAUGCAUACAGCACUGUACGACCGAGCCACCAUGAUAUGCCUGGUCACAUGAUCAAGUGGAAGAACACGAAACGUGCAAGCCCCCUAAACACCGUUCACAAUGCAGCAACUGUCAAUGUUCAUGUCAGUGGAAACGUGGAAGUCACUAAGCCUACAAGAACAACGGUGUUGAUCGUGCAGAUCAGACUGACAUUCUACCCUCUCCUGUGCAAGCAACAGGAAAGGAUAUAAAAGUGCACAAUGAAUUACGCCUCUACUGUUGCAAUUACAACGUCAAGCUGUUUUUGAGGAACCUGGGACAUCACGCUAAGGAGGUUAAUAAGCGGUCAGUUGAGGGUGGACAGUAGCAAAUGAUGAAUGCCCUGAGGUGAUAGGAUCUGGGGAGAUGUUUACUGCCCUGCUUCCUCGCUAUGGAGCAUCCAGCACAAAACCGGGAACUGAGCAGGUCGCACAAAGUGAAUACGAUUAUUAGCACACGUGAAGUCCGUCACCUCGUUCUGUUUUUAUUUCACACUUGGUGUGCUUUUCACUUCUUGCUUUUAUAUGUUGUUGUUUCAGGAGGUGCCCUGCACUUGGUUGUUACCGUUGUAAUAAUGGAAGACAAAGGCAGCACCGUAGCAGCCCACCAGACAUGGGCUGAUUGCAGAGUAGGACCAUAAGCCUCAGGCUUAAUGUCAAAAGGAUGUUUAGGUCAGGGUGGGUGUGAGUCUUCAAUCAUGCGGGGCGGAGGGCACAAUUUGUCUGCCUUUUCUUUUUUUUAAUCAAAUUGAUUCUGUCAUUUGAUGAAUAGAUACAGUACAAGCACUGAAUAUUUUUAUUAUUUUUAUACGAGAGAUUUUUUUUUUAAUCGGUGAUAUUGGUCCAGCAUAAUCCAGAAAGUGUGACGUAGCAUCCAGGGGUUGUAGGGUUGCCAGAUGAAGUCCCACCUCCAAGAAAGUCACUUUCUGUGCUCCAAGUCUGAUUCAUUUUAGUAUGACGGUUCUCAAGUUCAGGCUUAGUGGACCCCCGCUGCUACAGGUUUUUAUUUUAUCCAUUGUCACAAUUGGGGCAUUUUAUUUUUUAGCUGAUCUCAUUGUUAUGUUUACUGUCCCUUUUUUUAUUCUCUUAUUCUAAAGGAUGUUCUGAAAGAUUUGCAUUGAUGCCAUAGCUUUAAAUGUUAAAGUGUUCUUAAUUUCUAAAGAAUGGACUUUGUGUGUUUUCCCCGUGUCCCCAUGCUUCUCCUCCAGGUGCUCCGAUUAUCUCCCACAAUGCAAAGGCACGCACUGUUAGGUGGUUUUGCCUUUGCUACGCUGGACUGUGUGUGUUUGUCCUGCAAUGGACUGCCGUUCUUGUUUGGGGAGGCGCCGAUGUUUGCUGUGUUAGGCUCCAUUAUCCUCACAACCCUGCACAAGACAGGGGUGUUCUUAGGCAUACGCGAACUACGCAUCCGCGUCGGGCCCGACUUACAAUUUAUUUAUUUAUUUAUUUUUGUUGUCGUGCUGUGGGCCUGGGGCCCCUGUCCUGCCCCUGGCACUGCAGCCGUCUGUGCCAGUCCCAGGAAAUUCAGUUCAGUGCAUCUCUUAGUCUUAUUAACAAUGGUAAUUUAUUAUCCAAAUUGCAAUGUUCACCUAAAUCCCUAAUAAUAUUGUCACGCCGUCGUAACCAAAUGCACUACAGCAAACGUUAAUUUUAGAGAUUUGUUUCAGAUUCAUUCAGAGAGAUCCCCAUAAAAUCAUGAAAUAUCCCUAUAUUACCGGCCUUUACCAGAUCCAGAAAAAAAUCAAUAUUUUACCACUCUGCAUACACACAAGCGUACAUGUAGGCCUACUGGUCAUCUAAGGCCUUUUCUGGACGUUUUAUUAGAAGACCUUCCCCGGACACAUACCCCCCCCCCCCCCCAUUUCUGAACCAGCGUAGGGCCUCCAAACUGCUAAGAACGGCCCUGCUUAGGAUAAGUGGAUUUGGCAAAUGGAUGAAUGGAUGAAAUGAGUUUUGUAGAAUUUGUUCCCUUAAAGCUCUGUCACACUGCACAACUUUUUCGACAAUUUUCAGUAACAGACUUCAUUGACAAUAAACUUAGUGAGUCGGAGGCAUCUGCUGCAUUUCUGUGACCACAGGUCAUGUAGUUUGACGUCCCCUGCCACCCAGUCUACUUCUCGUCCCCAACUAAAUCAAUCACUUAUGAUUUUUGUCUUUAGCCGUAGGGUCAACAGGGUCUCCUCCGAGGAGACAUAUUGGCGCCAUUUCUAUUUAUAAUUGCGAUUUGACUGUGUCAUGCGUAACUCGGAAGAACAAUGUGGCUUCGUUACACACCCUAGACAAAGUCUGCAAAUGCCUGAGAAACAGCUCAACGACUGAGACUGUGCCAACGACAUAGCAUUUCUGGAGAUGGACCACGAGAGAUCACGACAAUGGCUAGAGAAAACUUGUCGAUUAGUCAAUUACGUUAGUCUUUAAAUAAAUACAAAACAGAACAAAUGAUUAGAAGUCCUUAUCAUGGCCCUCAAUUCCCAUUAGAGCUCAAAGGAGAGCAAAUUAAUUACAGUAGAGUCUCGCUUAUCCAACAUUCUGUAUUAUCCGACAUCCCACCGCAAAAAAAAAAAAAAAAAAUAUGCAUCAAUUGGCAACAAGGACUGCAAGCUGCGAGCAUGAGCGUAGUCAAUUUUUUGUUGCUAAGUUCAUUUUUUCAGUUAAAUUUUUCUCUCUCUCUUGUGCAUGUGUGUGCGCCUGUGUCUGUCUCUCUCGCGUGUAUGUGUGCAUCUUUCACGCAUGUGUCUCUUUCACGCGUGUGUGUCUCUUUCUCUCGCAUGUAUGUGCGCGCGAGUGUCUCUCCCUCUCUCUCUCUCUCUCUCUUGCGUGUGUGUCUGUCUCUCUUUUUCUUGAACGUGUCUCUGUCUGUGUCUCUCUCUCGCGCGCUCUCUCUCUCUUGCUGCACAGGGAGAGACUGAACACGUGCGGAAAUCAUCGGCACGCACAAACCAAAAAGGAAACUGGCUUGUUGGUAUACCGAGUGUGUGGUCAUGAACAGAGGCAAAAGUUUGGCGAACUUUUUGGUCAUAACCCGAUUUGUAAGUGUUCAGAGACGUUCGUGAACCAAGGUUCCACUGUAUUAGGUUCAUAAUGUGUAAAAUUAUAACACAGUUUGACGUUUAAUAGGCUUUUUCUUAACACCUCUCAUUAUCCGACGUUCUGCCGGUCCGUUUAUGCUGGAUAAGCGAGACUCUACUGUAUUUAGAGUCAAUGGUUGCGAAUACAAUCGCCAAUAUUAGCACUCGAAAGGCUUAAGGUCUGGGGAGCCUUCUGGAAGUUUAAAAAAAAAAUAAUAAUAAUCUACCAAACCAACCUACCAACUCAACUCAGGAUCUGGAUCUUUCAUUUCUCAUGCCUGAGCAUUCUUCUGUAUGGUAGCGAAACAUGGAGCAAACAAAUCAAGAGAACCUGAGAUAGUUACGAAGCGAAUUACUAAAGAAAAUAAAGCAUACGGGCCAAAUCCCAAACACUGAAAUCUAUGGCCGUCUAAGCCUAAAACGCAGAGUCGAAAGGCAUCUCGUAUCGAUAGGACACGAAACCCUGAAGAACCCAUAAGAAAGUACGCCUUACACAAACCAUCAGAGAGGCUCCGGAAUGCCUGAAGUCGGUCACUGAUUAACAACUUAUGUGCAGUACAUCGGUAAUAUCAUCAAACUGUCACCCGCCGAAAUCAAACAAGAAACGAAAGAUUCAGGAAUCAUGAAGGAAACUUGUUCUUGCCUGCAGAAUCUCCAUCUAUUGACAGUAGCAACGAGCAGCAUGAUGAUGAUGAUGAUGAUAAUUAUGGUAGGGCCUGGCUAUGUGUGCAUGAGAGCUGACAGCUAAUGAGUACUUAUGCAUGUAAUAUAGUGAUGAGGAAUAAGGAACCUUGGGCAAAACAAAUGAGGGGCUCAUCUGUCCAGUGGUUUGUGUUUUAUGUACCACAAGAAGCGAAUAAAUGGGCCACGAUUGUGGCUGAACUCUCCGUAGCUGUUAACACUUCUAACAGCACUGGCUCUGUCAGGCAGCACGUCAUUUGCGGUGACAGGUGGGGGUGAGCACGACUGUCCCCCAAUCUGACAUGCCCAUCGAUUUUCAGUCAUGUAAAUUGCUGCUGUCCAGCGAUGACAUCAGCAACUGUUUUCGGAGAGUUUGACAUACCUUACAACUCGAAGUUGCAUAAUGUGACAUCGACUUUAGGUGAAUUGACCCAUAGGAGUGUAUUCACUCGGUAAUGGAAUGCUGCCUUGUUUAUUGGAUUGUUCUUACUUUGUGCUAAAUGGGAUAGGCUUUAGCUUCAACCACAAUCCUGCCUGGGAUAAGCGGAUUUGGAAAAUGGAUGGGUGGAUGGAAUGAAUUCUGUACGGCAGCGAUUCUCAACCUUUUUCAUCUUGUGAACCCCUUUAAAAAAACGGAAUAAAUUGGCCAACCCCCUGUGUAGUCAUUACGAUAUACUACAGGUUUAUUCUUGUACGUUGGAUGUUUUGUUUCAAUUUGUCUACGAAGAAGUGAUGGUUUUAAACUGCUGUUGGCCAGGACUUCAUUACAAAUUACACAAAGCGGUAUGGGUUCUGACUCAUCCCCAGUAAAAUAAAAACCCAUUCGUAAAUAGUCACCGUCAUAUUUUUGUUUCAUCUCUUUUGUCUUACUAUGUUGGCCAAUUUUUUGCUUGCUUUCUGUCUGAAGAGACGGUAGCUCACUACAACUUUCAGUAUCGUCACCCUGUGUUGGUACCAAAUCAGGGACUGAAGUAGAAAAACCACCGAUCCAUAAUAAAAUUACGGAGUAAUAAUUAUUCACUUUCGACGUGCGCACGGUUGAGUAAAAAGUCUUUAUCGUAAUUUAUUUACACACACCAUGCACUACCAAUUUAUCUUAAUAAAAUCACUCGUGGUUCUUAAGCGCGUCGUACGAUUAAAUUCGACUCUACUCCCCCGUGUCUGAUCGCGGCGUUUUUAUAUCAGCAGACGUUAUUCUCGUUCUUUUGAGCGCAUUCGGGGUUCUCGGUUCGCUGAAUUGGAAGUUUCUGGAUCAUACAAGAAUGUACACGCAUCGGCAGCGGCGUAGCAUCUCAUCGCGUUACAGAUUGUUACCUGUUGCGACUCGACAAUUUUACGGAAUCUUCCGUCGCAAUGUGUAAGUGACUGAGGUAAUAUUCAUGAAUUUGACAUUUAAUUGAUUUGUUGACCCAUUUUUAUUGUUGUAUUAUUAAUAGUACUGUGAAUAUAUUUGCCUACAUUUAAUAUUUCGUUGUAUUUUUUACAUUUGGGAUUUAAAAUUCCGCCAUUACAAUAUUUUUCCUCCCGGUUGUUCGCGAACCCCGUGCUUUAUAAAAGGAGUUCGCGAACCACCGGUUGGGAAUCACUGCUGUACGGUUUGCUCCUUUAAAGCUGUGUCACAUUGCACAUCUUUUUCAGUCACAGACUUCAUUGAUGAUAAACUUAGUGAGUCGGAGGCUGCGCUUCACUGACCGUCAGUCAUGUAGUGUGACAUCCCCAGCCACCCAGUUUAACCAGUCUGCAACUCGCCCCCAACUAAAUCAAACAGAUUUGCCUGUGUGUGCCUGAGAACUGACAGCCAAUGAAUGCUCAUCUAGUAGUACGGUGCGUAAGAUUCAGCAAUGAGGAAUAGGGGACAUGGGAGUUUUGGACCUCACAAACAGAUGAGCGGCUCAUCUGUCUGAUAUUUUGUUUUGUGAAAAAGGCUCUAUGUAGGCGCCCGACCUGACACAGAUUCACACGUGUAAAGUUAUUUUUUCUUCACCUGUGGGUGUACGUCUUCCCCGUGUCCCACGGGCAGUACACAGUCCUCAAACACCAGCACCACGUAAAACACACAAUAAGUCGCUCUCUCUUCCUCCACCACUCCUCCCUGGCAACCUCGUCCUCCUCCUCCCAAUUCUGGCUCCUGAGUGGUGGUUGCUGGCCCCUGUUAUUGAGCACCCGGAAGUGCUCCAGAUUUGAUUGCCAACAUCCGGCUGCUCUUCUGGGUGUGGCGAAACUAAUGCCCAGAAGGGUCCUGCAGCACCCCCUGGCGGCACCUACAGAACCCAACAGGGCUGUGGAGAACUCCAUCUCCCAUGGUAGCCCUGCGGGAUUUUGAGGCACCGCUCCAACCCAGGGGGAGGUAUUGCACUGUCCAGGGCUGCUCCCCCUGAAUAUAUAUAUAUGGGUAUGGACCCCGGCCGCCUGCUACAGUGUUUUACAUACCACAACAAAAAUAAGGAGUCAAGAUUGUGGUUAAACUCACCAUAGCUGUUAACCCUUCGUACAGCACUGACUCCGUCAGGCAGCACGUCAGAUCUGAUGCUGGAAGGUCGGCACACAGUCACUAAAUCUGCUAUUUUUAGUCGCACAGAUUCUUGUGGUCCGACGACAAGAUCAACAAACUCGAGUCAGCAAGUCUGACGUACCCUAAAACUAGAAGUUGUGUAAUGUGACAUUAGCUUUUGGAGAAUUGGCCCAUGUGACUGGCUCCCUGUUUAUGAGGCUCGUCUGUGUGAUGUUUUGUGUUUUAUAAUCCAAAAUAAAAAUGGGGCAGAGGUUGUGGCAGAACUCACCAUAGCUGUUAACACUUCAUACAGUGCUGGCUCUGUUGCUGUCUUGGGAGAGGCAUGAGCACAACUAGUCGACACACAGUCGUAAAAAUUGGCAUGCCCAGUCAUUUUUUUCAUCACGAACCCAGAAAACAGUGGCUUGAUCAAAUUAAAGAAGACCGGCGACUCGCCAACGUCGCCCCACACGAUGCCCUCCAUCGAAAUGAAGUGGAGAUCAACGUGCAGAAAAGCAGACCCUGUGCCAAUGCGGAAUAAACGCUAGGAGAGAAGAAAAUUGCUGUGGUAAAGCAAUGAGAUCAGCAACCGCAGUCAGUGUGUCUGACAUUCCCUAAAUCGAGAAGUCUGGAAAGCCGCUGGGCAGUCAACUAAUUUGACCCUCCCUAUAUUGUCAGGUUCUGCGGUGGGCUGGCGCCCUGCCUGGGAUUUAUUUCCUGCCUUUUGCCCUGUGUUGGCUGGGAUUGGCUCCAGCAGACCCCCGUGACCCUGUAGUUAGGAUAUAGUGGGUUGGAUAAUGGAUGGAUGUUGUCAGGUUUGACAUCCCCUCGAACGAGAAAUCGUGCAAUCAGCUUUGUGUCGAAAUUCUCCAAAAAAGUUGGAAAUGGCAGCUUGGGGAAUGGAAAUUGACUUUAGCAAUGGUCCGCACGCCCUUCUUCGGUGUAAGUCGGUGUCUUAUUGAGUCAUGUUGCACGACCGCUGUCUAUAGAGUAUGUCAGACUUGAUGACUGUGGUUGAAGGAAAUUCACUGGGUAUGUUCUGGGAUUGUAUGCCGACUUCCCAGCACAGCUGUGCCCACCCCUUAUUCUGACCACCAAUAGCGUGCUGCCUGACGGAGCCGGUGCUGUACGAAGGGUUAACAGGUAGGGCGAGUUCAGCUGCAGUCUUACUGUCACCUGCUGUGCUGGUCAUUCAUUAAUUGUCAAUAUUUGAAUAUAAUUGGACAAACAACCUACACAGAAAAAAAAGAACAUUAAAAAUAUCCAUCCCUCCAUUAUCCAAUCUGCAAUAUCCUAACUACAGGGUGACGGGGGUCUGCUGGAGCCAAUCCCGGCCAACACAGGGCGCAAGGCAGGAAACAAACCCCGGGCUGGGCGCCAGCCCACCGCAGGGCGCGCGCGCACACACACUAGGGACAACUUAGAAUCGCCAGUUCACCUAACUUGCAUGUCUUUGGACUGUGAGAGGAAACCCACACAGACAUGGGGAGAACAUGCAAACUCCACGCAGGGAGGACUCAGGAAGCGCACCCACCUUACUGCGAGGCAGCAGCGCCACCCACUGCGCCACCGUGCCGCACAUUAAAAAAUAAUGAUAAUUUAUUUACUCUAUAUAGCGCCUUUCCCAUUUUCAAAUGUUCUUCCAGAAAAUUUCAAAACAGAGUUCAGCAUUUAAAGUUGUGGCAAGAAAAAAAAAAAAUUAUUAAUGUACAGUAUAUCUCCCACUACUGCACUUUUAGGAAAUAAGAAAAUAAAGGUCAGCUAAUUGAACAAUGAGAUCAAUUAAAGGUAAAAAUGGCUUACCAAUUAUGAAACUGGUUGAGAUGGAAACCUGCAGCUGGAGGGGUCUCAGGGCUGAACUUGAAAACCCCUAAGUUAAUGGUUCAGUGGUGGUGAUGAUUCUUGCAGUUCAUUGUCUUUGCCACUAGGGGGCCUACUGCAUGGACCUCACAAAGACCUUCCUUACAUUGUGAUCCUGUUGCUGUUGGAUUGCGCUUGUACACAUGGCGUUUGGCACUAGGGGGGGCAAAUUUUUUUUUUGUUGUUUUUUGAAUAUAUAGUACCUUUAUAUUGAACAUGAUCCCAAAGUUCCUUUACAGGAAGAGUUCAAUGGUCACUAUAGAGUCUGGAUUUGAGAAUGACGGGCUACUCACAUAAAGUUAUGCACAAAGUGGGCUGGUGAUUAGGGGUGUACUUUUAAUUUCAUGAUUUUUUUUCUCUGUAACUCUUUUUAUACUAAACCGAAUUUGAAGAUGGCAUUCAACGUUCUAAGCCCUAUUUCGGGUGGGAUUCAGACGGACCAACUUGUUAACAUAAAAUACAUUUUUGUCGUCUCUGUCUCAGCCCGACAGAGUGGUCUGGUGGUUACGAUGUUCAGUUCCUCCCACCACAUUGUUCUAUAGCCCAUUUUGGAUGGAGGUGGGGGUGAAGUAAUUAUUACCAGAGAGGACCUCGGUGAUUUUAGUCCUAUUCCCGAAUUGGUCAUGUUAGUAAGCUUUUAUGGACUGUGCAUUCAGGUCUCGGUAAAGAUUCCUGGAGCCUUUUACCAUCCAUAAAAAUGAACCCCUUGUUAAACUAUCCCACCGUGCGAAUCAACGUGUCAGUAAAAUUUCGGCGCUUCCUAGGAAAACGGUAUUUUCCUCCCGAGAUUGCAGAAAAAAAAAAAAAUGGAGGUAGAUGAAGAACUUGUCCACACAGUCUGUCCGACUUGACUUCGUGCCAUUUUUCAUGGAUUCAUACCGCGUUGGACAAGUGGAUGAAUCUCUGGACCCCUGAGUGAUUCAGAUGGGACUAAAAUUACAGAGUCCCUCCGGUAAUGAUGGCUUUACCCCAUCUCAAUAGGUCUCUAGUGGAAAGUGGUGGGAGAAACUCAACAUCUUCACCACCGAGUAGCUCUGCCUGAUCAAGUCAGAUGGGAUUAGUUUUAGGGCAGGAGGUAAGGAUAGAAAUUUGCAAUUUCCGUCCCAUCUGAAUCACUUAUGUCAGUAACUUUUUAAGGACUGAACGUUCAUAUCUCGGUUAAGGUUAUGGAGCCUUUUACAAAAAGUCUGUAAAAAUAACCCUGGGUUCAACUAGUCCUGUGUUGAAUGUAUUGAAACUCUCAGGGGAAGGAUGGUGAGUUUUCUCCCCCCUUGUAGAUGGCGAACAGCCAUAUUGUUUUGUAGUCCAAACUGACUGUACACCCCGGUACACAUACAUUAACUACCGGUACUCCUAAGGCAAAAUUAGGGAAAUUCUUAUGUUGAGUACAGUGGAACCUCAGGUCACAAACAUCUCGCACCACAUACAAAUCGGGUUACGACCAAAAAGUUUGCCAAACUUUUGCAUCUGUUCACGACCACACACUCGGGUGACGAACAAGCCAGUUUCCCUUCCGGUUCGUACGCGCCUAUGAUUUCCGCACGAGCAAGCGAGCGUAUAUAUAUUUACAUACAGCUCGUACAGUCCAGAACGGAUUAAUUCUAUUUACAUACAGUCCUAUGGAGGAAAUUACUUCGGGUUACAACCAGAGUUUUAGAACAAAUUACGGUCAUGACCCGAGGUUCCACAAGUAGCAGCCCACUUCAAGCCCUGACUUUACCCCACUUCCUGGAAUAAAACUAAACACAUCCGAGGAAGGCGGUGGAAGAAAUGAAACAUCUUAACUUCAGGGCUGCUCUGCUUGGCCGAGUCCUAAACUCUGUUCAGAUGGGAUUAGUUCUACGGCAGAGGGAUAAUAAGGAAAGUCAUUUUUACUGGAGGACCUCUGUAAUUUUACUCCCGUCCUAAUCGCUGAUGUCCGUAACUUUUGACGGACUGCACAUUCAAGUCUCUGUAAAGUUUACGGAGAAUUUUACCAUUUUAUAAAUAUGAAUUUAAAAAAAAUAACUGCAGGAUGAACUCGUCUAGUGAGAAUUGAUGUGUUGGUAAAAUUCUGGCAUUUGAGCAAUUUGUAUUGGGCUGAAAUUACACAAGUCUUCCGGUAAAAAAUAUCCAGUGCCCGGGGGGGGGGGGGGGGGGGGAAUAAAAGAAAUACCGAUACUCCUCAUUGUGUGUGCCGAAUAAUUAGGGUGGUGGGAUAUCCCUCCAUAAUAUAUGGUGGCCGGCUGGAGGUGGGUGUCCCCUAGAGCAGGGGUGUCAAACUCCGGUCCUGGAGGGCUGCAGUGGCUGCAGGUUUUCAUUCUAACCACCUUCUUAUUUAGUGACCUGUUUUUGCUGCUAAUUAACUUUUUCCUUAGUUUUAAUUAACUCGACUCACGCCCCUUAGUUCUUUUUAUUUCCUUAAUUAGCAGCCAAACAAUAGUGAGACACAGAAUGAGCCAACUAACCACAUUAUCUGAAAGGUGAGGGUCUCGAUAAGGUUGAUCUCUCCGGUCAAUAAUCAUCCAUCCAUUAUCCAAUAUAUCCUAACUACAGGGUCACGGGGGUCUGCUGGAGCCAAUCCCAGCCAACGCAGGGCGCGAGGCAGGAAACAAACCCUGGGCAGGGCACACACACACACUAGAAUCGCCAAUGCACUUAACCUGCAUGUCUUUGGACUGUGGGUGGAAACCCACACAGACACAGAGAGAACAUGCAAACUCCAUGGACCCGGGAAGCAAACCCAGGUCUCAUAACUGUGAGGCAGCAGUGCUACCCACUGCGCCACCGUGCCGCCCGGUCAAUAAUCAGAAACAGAAAAUCAACAGUUUGGUUAAUGUCUGCUGUGGCAGAAUGAGAGCAGCAGCAAGCCAUGGAAUUAAGUAACGCGUUUAAUUAACAGCAAGAAUUGGCUUCUCAUUAAGAAAUUGGUUGGAGUUUGAAACCCCCGUUUAGCUGGUCAAUCUAUUGGCUCGUUUCACGUCUCAUUUCUGUUUGGCUGCCAUUUAAUGAAGAAAAGAAUCAAUUGAAAGAUCUGAAUCCUUAAAAUCCGGGCCAUUCAAAUGAAGGGAAAAGGAGUUAAUUAGCAGUGAAAACUGGUCACUGAUUAGGAAAAGGGUGAGAAUGAAAACCUGCGGCCCACCAGUCCUGGAAUUCGACACCCGUGCCCUAGAGGUGCAAACAACCAUAUUAAUAUUAUGAAUAAGGAUAGUUAAUGUCAUCCAAAGUGAUGGUACCCACCGGUAUACGUACAUUUACUAUCAGCACUCCCAAGGCAAAUAUCGGGGAGAAUGCCAGUACAGAGUACCUGUGCAUACCAACCCACUUCAAACAGCAACUCUACCCCACCUCCUGUUUUGAAAGUUAUCGGCAUUUGAGCAAUUUUCAUGGGGCUGAAAUUACAGAAGUCCUCUGGUCUGAAGAACUACUGGUACUCCUUAUUGUGUGCACUGAAUAAUGGGGGUGGUGGGAUAUUCCUCCAUAAUACAUGGGGAUGCUGGAGGUGGGUGUCCCCUAGAGGUGCAAACAAACAUAUUGUUACUACGAAUAAGGUUAGUUAAUGUGGUCCAAAGUGAUGGUACCCACCACCGGUAUGCAGACAUUUACCAUCAGUACUCCCAAGGCGAGAUCAGGGGGAAUGGCGGUACAGAGUACCGGUGCGUACCGACCCACUUCAAAUACUGACCUACUGUUUGAAACUAAUCCUGUCCGAGUAGGGCUUAAGAGUUAACAGACAUCCUUUGGUAAGAACUACUUUACCCUACCAAUCCCAUCUGAAGAGGCCUUUAACCAUCAGGUCACUCUGCUUGGCCGAAUCUUAAUCCCAAUUUGAUGAGAAUUCCUUGUACCCCACUAUUUCUGCCCAGUGGACCACUGUAAUUUUGGUCCUGUCUGAAUUGAUCAAAUGGAGAUCUAGUUUAGCCUGGGGUUGUUUUUUUAUGGACUUUAUGUAGCAGGUGAAGAGGUUCAUGAUCUUCAUUGAGAUGUGAAAAGUUACUCACAUGAGAGAUUCAGAUGGAACUAAAAUUACAGAAUUUACUUUAUCCGACAUUCUGGUUUGAAACUAACCCAAUCCAAAUAGGGCUGAAAAGUUAUGGUAGUUCCUCCAGUAAGAAUCACUUCACCCCACCUCUUGUUACAAAACUAAUCCCGUCCGAGUAGGACUGUAGAUGAUAGAAAUUUGUUUAAAAAUGAAGUUAGCUGGAUUAGCAGUUGGAAAGUCCCGAGACUGAGAUGAACUUUAAAUAUCGCUGGGGUUUGAAAAUCAGUAGCACUGAGUCCAUAGCAGGCCCUUGGAUUUCAACGUGGACCUCAUCGGUGUAUAUCGUCCCGCCAAAGAGUGGUGGAAUGGGGGGCUUGGGCUUAGGGUGAUAUGGACAGUAUUCGUAUAAAUGAAGCCUCAGGUUUUUGUGUCAUUGGAGAAACUUGAGCUGAAGAUCCAACAAAGUUACUGAUCUUGUCACUCGGCCAGUUCUAUGGACCCUAAACAGGGCUAUAAGCUCUCCUUGAAGGGUGCAGGCCACAUGAACUUUUCAUUCCCAUCGACUGGUAGGGUGUGUGGGUGAGCCACUGAAUUCUCGUCCAGUUUGUGCUCAUUAAGGAGCCUCUUUGAUUGCACAUCUUUUUCCAAAAAAAAACAAAAAGGACACUGUGUGCCAAGCAGGAUAGCCGCAUUACCCACCUGCCCCGAGCUUUUCAGUAUGCCAUGGGUACGGGUGCGGUGAUGCAUCUCAGAUCUAGUGCUCAGUCCUGCAGAUUUCUACUGUAAAGUUGAUUAUGUAUGUGCAUAUAUUAUUAUAUAUUUACACUUAUUUUUUAUUAGGAACUCUUGGUGUCUUUCCGACCAGGAAGUAUUUCUUUACUGUGUAAGCAUUAACACUCUUUCUUGAUCCUCCCAUCAGACAUUUUGGGCAUUGUGGUGAAAGGCCCCUCAGAGGGGAUGGUCGGUCAGUCCCAUGUCUGCCUUUGUUUUGCCAUUUUUAACUCUUAGCACAUCUGCCAUGACGCGGUCGACACUAACAUUUUGGGAUGGGAAAUGUUUGCCUUUUCAUAAAAGAAACGGGAAAGUCACUUUCUGUGUACUAAGCAAUAAUAAAUAAAGUAAAACUCAACAAGCCAGUCUCGUCUUUGUGCCUCGCAGUAAGGACAUCGUGGGUUUGCGUCCUGGGUCGUCUCUGUGUGGUAGCACUUUGAGUAGUG